AUGAGGACGCCGCUCUCACACUUUCUCUCGGCCCUGCUGCUAUUGCAGACAUGCGCAGCUGGGCCUGGUCAACCGCUCACUGAUCAAACAGCGUCCGGGGCGAUCGGCCACGAUGCAGACCACGAAUUUACGUUCCAGACAGGGGAAGCAGAACCCCGACCCAUGACUCAACGAGUUGAGAACGCCUGGGAUACCCUCCGCACAAUAAAGAACCCAGUCCUUCAAUCCGACAAGUCGAGAGGAUUACUAGGGACCGCCGUAUACUAUGGCCGCCAAACAGUCCGACUGCUAUUCUUGAAUGGCCCUUCGACCGAAAAACCCGAGCGGAAACUGAACAAACACCUCGCAGGAGCAGUGGAGGAGCUGAAAACAGCCGCAGACGAAGACCGAGACCCGGAUGCGAUGUUUCUGUUAGCCGAGAUGAACUUUUAUGGCAACUUCUCCCAUCCCCGCGAUUUCAAAGAGGCCUUUCGCUGGUACCAUGAACUGGCAUGGCUGGACGGAAACAACACAGCGCAGAGCAUGGUCGGGUUCAUGUAUGCGACGGGAAUUGGUGGUGCGGUCGAACCUGACCAGGCGAAGGCCCUGAUGUACCAUGAGUUUGCAGCGGAAGCAGGGAACAUCCGUUCGGAGAUGACACUUGCGUAUCGCUACCACACUGGUAUUGGAACACCAAAGGAUUGUAACCACGCGAUCCAUUACUACAAGAAGGUUGCGGACAAGGCGAUCGAGUACUACCGCUCAGGCCCUCCGGGUGGUAGGGCUUUGGUUAGAGAAUCUUAUCGUUGGGCAGAUGAAGAAGGUGGUGUCUAUGGUCCAGGAGCCAGUGUGUCGAGCUCGGGUCAAAAUGCGCGGGACGCUGCCCAUGUCACUACUGAGGCUAGCGUGGAAGAUAUCCUGGAGUACUUGGACCUCAUGUCCCGGAAGGGUGAGCUGAAGGCUACGUACACUCUGGGUAAGAUGAAUUUUGACGGCGCCCGGGGCCUACCGCGGAAUUUCCGACGGGCUAUGAGGUAUUUCAAGGUUGUUACCAAGAAAUAUUGGAACAAGGAUGGGUCCGUCAACUCAAAUCCCCCUGCAGGGCUUGAUAAGCUGGCAUCCAAGGCCGCAGGACAUAUUGGUCUGAUGUACCUUCGCGGAGAGGGGGUUGAACAACACUACCCGACUGCCCUCACAUGGUUCCGCCGGGGUAUUGCGAACGGGGACUCUCUGUGCCAGCAUUGGAUGGGUCUGAUGUAUCUCAAGGGCUAUGGGGUUCCCCAGGAUGGCUUCAAGGCAUCUCACUACUUCAAAGCAGCGGCAGAUCAAGAUUCACCAGCGUCAGAAUCACGAUUGGGUGCUCUGUUCUUGGAUCAAGGAGACGUGGCAACCGCAACACGUUACUUCGAGCUUGCCGCCCGCUGGGGGUGGAUGGAGGCAUACUAUUACCUAGCGGAAAUGGCCAACUUCGGUAUUGGCAGACAGCCACACUGUGGCGUGGCCGCCGCCUACUACAAAAUGGUUUCCGAAAAAGUAGAGAUCGUCCACUCAGCCUUCGUGGAGGCAAACGCUGCCUACGAAUCUGGCGACAAGGAGGGCGCUCUCAUCCCAUCGAUGAUGGCAGCAGAGCAGGGCUAUGAGAAUGCACAGGCAAAUGUGGCUUAUCUGCUUGAUGAGCAUCGCUCUGUGCUCUCGCUGAGUUCCAUUCUUCCAUGGGCUAACAAGGCUCGAUCCUCCUUGAUGCGCAAUGCGAGACUAGCGUUGAUUUACUGGACCCGCUCUUCGAAGCAAGCCAACGUCGACUCUUUGGUCAAGAUGGGUGACUACUACUUGUCUGGCACGGGUACACCUGUCGAUGCCGACAAGGCCUCGACCUGUUACCAUAAUGCCGCUGAAGCCCACCAUAGUGCACAGGGCUACUGGAAUUUGGGCUGGAUGCAUGAGAAUGGCGUGGCAGUAGAUCAGGAUUUCCACAUGGCCAAGAGGUAUUAUGAUUUGGCUCUUGACCUCAGCCCCGAAGCGUAUCUGCCAGUGAAGCUCAGCUUGAUCAAACUCCGGAUUCGAGGAUACUGGAAUCGUAUCACGAACGGAGACAUUAACCCCAUCCACGAGGAGGAAGAUUCGAAGCCCCGUCGUACCUUCAAGGAAUGGGUCAAGGCCUUUAUCGAGAACGAUGAGGACGGCUAUUACGAAGACCUUUAUGAACUACAACGGGGAGACGAUGAUGAAUAUCGUGGCUUGGAGUCCGAAGGCCACGAGGAUGGCUACUAUGACGACCUGGACCUCGAUAUCGACGAAGGAAUGCUCGAGGGCCUCCUCAUUGUCGGAUUGGCUGCUGCGCUGUUGGUUUUGGUUUAUUUCCGUCAACAGCAGCAGCGCAACCGACAGAACGAGAACGCCAAUGCUAAUGCCAAUGCGAAUGCGAAUGCGAAUGCCAAUGCCCAGAAUGGAAAUGGGAACGCAAACGACCGUGGAUUAUUCCCCCAGCCUGGUGACCCUGAAUUUGGGCAAUGGGUGGCAGGAGGAACACAUCGCACUUUUGAGGUCUGUAUUCAAUGGAUGAUGGACAAAUCAUCUAAUAAACGUCGUCGCACCGACGCAGCUACCGCUCUCUCAAAGCCGUUCAAGUCCCCGCUACGGAGACCUGCACCAACAAACACAGACGACACGCCAUCUAAGCCUGUCGCACCCGGGGAUCCCGAGGACACAAAAGUCCCAGCGACUCCUACUAUCCCUGUAGACUCCAAGUCAAUAUCAAAUCCACCAGAUCUGACAACAACUCCAGAACCUCCUAAGCGCAAACGCGUGCUCCAACUCUUUUCCCCUUUGCCCUCACAAUCAUUCCAAAUCUCCGACCCAGAGAUCCUAGAACUACAAAAACAGCACCGGGAGAUUAAGUCAAAGGUUGACGCACUCACCACCGAACUUGAAAUGGCAACCCAGGCCCUCAAUCUCGAGACGAAUCCCAAAUACAUCGAGAUUCCAACUCUCAUCACCAAAUGGCGGCUCGCCAGCCAGGACGCAGCCGAUGAGGUAUUUGUCGGUGCCAAAGAAAGGGUUAAUGGAAUGGGAGGAAUGGCGGCUUGGAAAGAGCGGUCGAAACGUGAUGCGACUCGGUGGGAGUUUGAUGAGGAGAAUCGUGAACGGGAACACAUCGAAGAGUAUGAGGGAGAUGUUGAUAACUACGCCGCUGAGGAUUCUUCUGGCCGUCUACCAAACAAGAAUGAUGAUGAGGAAGAGAGUCAGGAUCAGGAGUUCACGAUGGAGUUCAUGCUAAAGAGUCUGCAUGUUGAUCCUAAGUUGAUUGGAUAUGAUACAAAGGCUCAAAAAUGGAUCAAAAGCUGA